AUGUAAGAUCUAAGGUGUGCGAUUGCAGAUCAUAACAAAAAAAAGUUUGUUUCAAUUACUCUACAGAAAGAAGCUGCAAAAAGACUAUUCUGUUUUCAAUGCUAAAGUGAUGCUAGUGGUGGGGAUAUUACAAAAUCACAAUUAGUAAGCUAGCUUAAACUAUGCGAUUUGGAUGAAGUCAUGGAAGGAAAUGCUUAUUCUGUGUAUAAUUGGCCAGCUGACGAUGACGGUAAUAAGGUCAAAGAAUACCUGCUAGGAUAUAAGAGCAUAGAAUAAUAGAGGAAGGAAAUUGAAGAUUUCUUCGCUUAGAUGAAAUAAAAAUUGAAUGAAUAAAUCGAGAAUGUCAAACAACUAUUGGUGGAAUCACUUAAUGCAACAUAAUUCAUCAAAGAUGAAAAACUUAAAUAGGAGGAGCCAGAAAAGAAGGAAGUCAAAAAAGAUGACAAGAAGGAUGAUAAAAAGGAGACAAAGAAGGAUGAUAAGAAGGAAACCAAAAAGGAUGAUAAGAAAGAUACAAAAAAGGAUGACAAAAAAGAGGACAAGAAAGAUCCUAAGAAAGAAGAGGAGAAAUUAGAUUAAACACCAACAAUUGAAAAUCUGAAGAAACAUUAUGAUGUCAUCUAUGAUCUUACUAAAAUCAAGACACUCAUUAAAGAAAAUGCCAAGGGUGAUCCAAAUCUAUUGAGUGCUAAAAUCAAUGAAUAUUUAAAUGAUCCAAAAAAAUCUGAAUAGAUAAUUAGCAUGAAAAAGGUGUUUCAAGGAGUCAUGUCUGGAAAAGUUGAAUUUAAUUAGAUAGCAUCCAAUAGACAAGCCUUAGAAAGCUAUUGGGAAUCAAUUUAAACUAGCAUAUAAUAAUGGACUCAAAAUUAGCAUAAAUUUGGAAAAGUUCAAUGGAAAUUCAAUCCUUCCAAGGCAGAUUAGUCUAAACUCAUUAAAUAAUUGGCAGAAGAUUACAAAGAAUGCGCUGGAGCUGGAUUACAAUCCUAAAUUAUUUAUUCUGAAACUAGUUUUAGCGAAGGUCAACAUGGUUGCAUCAUCUUAUUUAAAGAAUUUGAUCAAAAGAGAGCUGGAUCUAAUGGAAAUUUCUAUGUAGGAGUUGUAAAAGAUGAUUAAAAAGACAAAUCUCCAUAUGGUUAAGGUUUCAGAAAAGAUUUAUUUAGUCAAAAUGGAGAAGGAUUGAAUGUAAGAAUUGGAACUGAUUUCAAUAAUAUGCCUCCAAAAAUGUUGGCAAUCAAAUUGGAUGUGGAUAACAAUUACUUUGAAGUCUGCGAUGGUAAACGGACAAUAGUUUAUGGAUUGGAAAAGGAGAGCAAAUUGAAGGGGGAGAAGUGGAGAAUCUAUUUCUGGUGGAAUAUUGCAGCUGAUAGAAUCUAAUUAAUUCACAGUUAUUGA